ACGAAGUUUCCAUCCGUGUUCUCGCAUCGACACGUGUCGUGCUUUGUUCCAACGCUACUGCCGAGCGAUUAAUUAGCGUUAAAAUAACGAGCGCGUACAUCUUACUGCUGUUUCGGCUGUGAUCUGCCGCUCAUUGAGAAGCCGUCCUGUGUGAUACAAAAAUCGAUUUCAAUUUCUGUUUCACGAACCCUAGAUGAUCUUCACGAUCGUUGAUUCAACUGAGUAAUUGGGUUUCUGAAAUGGGUUUCAGAUUUCAAACCCUGAAUCCCGUUUGUAAAUCAUUCCUCUCGAGACUAACUUCCCGCGAAACGAUCCACCACCAUCAUCAUCAGCAUCUUCGAUUAUUAUCAGUUGCAUCUAUCAGGCAGAGCUAUGAUUACCCGUCUUCGGUUCUUCUGGAGAACCCUAGUUCCUGUGUCCCCAGGAGGUGGCAUUUUGGUCACUCUCAUCACCACGAUCACCAGCAUCAGCAUCGCCAUAUGUCCGGAGAAGAAGGGGAGAAGAUUUUCCGGUUGGGUCUCACCGCCGAUAUCGGGUUAUCGAUCGGAAAAGCCGUUGCCGGCUAUCUCUCUGGUAGCACCGCGCUUAUCGCCGACGCUGCUCAUUCCGUUUCCGAUGUGGUUCUAAGUGGUGUUGCUCUGUUGUCAUUCAAAGCUGCAAAUGUUCCCAAGGACAAAGAACACCCAUAUGGUCACGGUAAAUUUGAAACUCUUGGAGCCCUCGGAAUUUCUGGAAUGCUUUUGGCUACUGGCUGUGGUAUUGCAUGGCAUGCUUUAGAGCUUUUAUUUGGUAUACUGUCAGCGGCUCCUCAGGUGGUGCAUGAACUUCAUGGCAACCAUAGUCAUGGUGGACAUCACCAUGGAUUAGAUAUGGAUCAUCCCAUUCUGGCUUUGAGCGUGACUAUCGCUUCCAUAUCCGUCAAAGAAGGGCUUUACUGGAUAACAAAACGAGCAGGAGAAAGGCAAGGGAGUGGAUUGAUGAAGGCAAAUGCAUGGCAUCACCGAGCAGAUGCGAUUUCUUCUGUGGUUGCCCUAAUUGGGAUUGGAGGGUCUCUUCUCGGAGUUAAGUUUUUAGAUCCUCUUGCUGGUCUUGUUGUCUCGGGAAUGGUUUUCAAAGCUGGGUUGGAAACAGGACACCAAAGUGUCUUGGAACUGGUCGAUGCUGCUAUACCAGCCCAGCAAUUAGAUCCCAUAAGACAAACCAUAUUACGAGUUGAAGGAGUCAAGGGAUGCCAUCGGUUGAGGGGUAGAAGAGCUGGUUCGUUUUUGUACCUUGAUGUACACAUUGUGGUGGAUCCCUUCUCCACUGUAAGUGUCGCGCAUGGGAUCGGAGAAAAUGUCCGCCACCAUAUUCAUAAAAACCACCCGGGAGUUUCAGAAGUUUUCAUUCAUAUUGAUCCAGCUUUUUUACAGUUUCCUUGUGGCGGCACGAUAGAAAACGCAAGUAUAGAGAGGAAAAGUGAUCAAUACAGUAGCAUCUGCAAAGAGGUUAAAGGUGUCGAAGCCACUGUUUCAGAAAUUUUCUCGUCGAUGUUCCUUGAGAAAAUGACGAUAGAACGAGUUACACCGCACUUGUUGCAGGGCAAGAUUUUGCUGCAGAUCGAAGUGGGCAUGCCUCCUGACAUGACAGUAGGGGAAGCCAUGAGAGCCGCUGAAGAAGCAGAGGAGGAGAUUCUUAAAGCAGCUCGGAACGUGGCCAGUGUCAGCAUUCAGCUUAGGUUGAAGAACUCAUUCCCUCAUUAGUCAACCUUCUCAUGUCUGAAGCAACAAAACAAAGAACAUACGAGUUCCUUCUUGAGUUCUUUCCAAUUUCACUUUUUGUAAAAACAUAUAUGGUUUGUCUGAUUGUAAUUAUGAAAACCAAGAAAUAAUUCCUGAGAAGAAAGGGAUCAAAGAGUGAAAGCAUCUGAUUAUUGAAACAUAA